GUUUAGUGCAUUGCAUUUAAAUUAAUUGUUUAAAGCUUUAGUUUUUCCAAUUUAAAAGUGUUUAAAAAUUAGCUAGCUGCCGUGCAACCCUUUUAAUAUAUUUAACACAUAUAAGAAGUAGCCAUUAUGUGGAAAGCAACAGCCGGCCAUCAAAUACAGGCAACUAGCGCCGCCGAAGACGAUGACUGGGAAACGGAUCCUGAUUUUGUCAACGAUGUCAGCGAACAAGAGCAAAGAUGGGGCUCCAAAACAAUUGAUGGCAGCGGACGUGACGGGGGCGGCGCUAUUGACAUGAACAAACUGCGCGAGGAGACGGAGAAGUCGGAUUUGAAUAAGAAGAAACAAUUGCUAAAGGAUCAAAAUGCUGGCUAUGGAUACGGCGGUAAAUUUGGCGUUGAGAAGGAUCGCAUGGACAAGUCGGCGGUUGGCCAUGAUUAUCAGGGCAAAGUAGACAAGCACGCGUCACAGGUGGACUAUAGCGAAGGUUUCGGUGGUAAAUACGGCGUGCAAACAAAUCGCGUGGACAAAUCUGCCGUGGGUUGGGAUCAUAUCGAAAAAGUGGAAAAACACGAAUCCCAAAAGGAUUACUCUAAGGGCUUUGGAGGAAAAUUUGGCGUGCAGGAGGAUCGCAAGGAUAAAUCGGCAUUGGGCUGGGAUCAUAUCGAAAAGGUUGAGAAGCACGAGUCGCAGAAAGACUACUCUAAGGGCUUUGGUGGUAAAUUCGGCGUACAGGAGGAUCGCAAGGAUAAGUCUGCCGUCGGUUGGGAUCACAUUGAGGCACCACAAAAGCACGGCAGUCAAGUGGAUCAUAAAGUCAAGCCCAUUAUUGAGGGUGCGAAGCCCUCAAACUUACGUGCCAAAUUUGAGAACUUGGCGAAAAACUCUGAGGAGGAAUCACGCAAACGUGCCGAAGAGCAGAAGCGUUUGCGCGAAGCUAAGGACAAGCGAGACCGCGAGGAGGCAGCCAAGCAAACGGUUGUCGAAAACACGCCACUACCAUCUGCCGAAGAGGCACGUACGCCGCCGGUCAAGGGCAGUCGCACAGCUAUACAGACGGGACGUUCCGGUGGUAUUGGCAAUGCCAUCAGCGCAUUUAAUCAAAUGCAGUCGCCGGUAGCUGAAACGCCGCCGGCACGAAAAGAACCAAUUGUCAUACCGAAGGAGCCGGCGCCCGUGGAGUCAGCAAAGCCUUCCGUGGUUGAGCAGCCAGCGGCUCCGAUAGCUGCUGUUGCUAAAGAGGUUCCGGCUGCAGCCGAGCCGAAAAUUUCUGCACCACCACCAGAUGUGGUGCCCCAAAUUGAGAUAGAGACUGUCGCCACGCCACCAUCAAGUGAGCCCCAAUCGCCAGCUCACGUCGCAGCUGUGGAGCAAACACCCGAGCCACAUUCGCAACCGCCGGUACAGGUGCAAUCCCAGCCAGAGCCCCAGGCGGAGCUGGAGCAGGAGCCGCUUUAUCAAAACCAGGCAGAGCUGAAAUCGGUGUCCCCAUUGCCAGCUGCUCAAUCGUCAAUACCAGCAGCAGCCUCAGCGGCUGCAGCUAAUGGCACAUCGGAGGAGGCCAUCUAUGCAAACUCUGAUAAUUUGGCGGACUAUUUGGAGGAUACUGGCAUACAUGCAAUUGCAUUAUAUGAUUACCAGGCAGCUGAUGAUGACGAGAUAUCUUUUGAUCCCGACGAUGUCGUUACGCACAUUGAGAAGAUCGAUGAUGGCUGGUGGCGUGGCCUGUGCAAGAACCGUUACGGCCUCUUUCCUGCCAACUAUGUGCAAGUUAUUAAUCAAAGCUCCUAAUCAGCAAAUACUUCCAUUUGAAAUUAUUAUCAGGAACAAAAUCAAAUUAUACACUAAAUAUUUAAUACAGCGAAGAAACCAUGUUGAAUCAAAAUAC